AUGGCGGUGCUGUUGGGCCGGAGGAGCCCCAUUGCUGGAUGGGCGAAGCGUGCCAUGCCCACAGCCGCCCAGUUUCUGCAUGAAAACCCGAAUGAGAUGACCCUGCUCGAAAUGCUGGGCUCCACGAAUCUGCGCAAGAGUUCGCCCGAGGACUAUCGAGUGCUGCGCGACAUCGUCAACACCUUCGAGCGAUACUCCGGCGUGGGGAACGACAUUCAGUUGACCCUGGCCGAGCACUCGGCCAACGAGCUGAUCAUGGGCGAAAAGAAGCGGGAGUACGAGAAGGGCAUCAUGGAUCCCUCCAAGUUUGCACCCGGUCACCACAUCUUCCAGGUGCUGCACACGGUGAAGAAAUCGCCGCUCUUCCAGAUGCUGAGGAAAAUGCCCAAGGGAGCGGCCCUCAAGACGCACGACACCUCUAUGUGCAGUUCGCGGGCGGUGAUCGAGAUGACCUACCGGGAGAACCUGUGGGUCUGCACCACCCACAAGGGCUGUCGGGUGGAGGAGUUCCGUUUCGCCGCGGAGAAGCCCAAGGACAUGCGGCACAAGGACGGCGAAUGGCAGCCGAUGGAAAAGCUACGCGAGUUGCGGGGAGAAGAGAAUUUGAGGAAAUAUCUGCGAGUUCGCCUCAGCAUGUAUCCCCUGUCCAGUUUCAGGACGAAUGCCCACGCCUGGGACCACAUGAUGGGGAUCUUCACGCUGCUGGAUGGCCUUUUGCAGUAUGCCCCGCUAUGGGGCGACUACUACUACCGGGCCCUCGAGGAGUUCUAUGCCGAUGGGGUGCAAUAUCUGGAGGUGAGAACGGUGGUGCCCCAACUCUACUGCCUCGAUGGCAGCCGACUGCCACAGCGGGAAACUGUGCAGAUCUACUUGGACACUCUGGAGCGGUUCAAGAAGGAGCAUCCGGGAUUCAUAGAUUCCAAGCUCAUUUAUGCCCCCCUGCGUCACGUGCAACCAGAAGUGGUGGGCCAAUAUGUCAAGCAAUGCACCGAGCUGAAUAAAGAGUUUCCCGACUUUGUGGUUGGCUUCGAUUUGGUGGGCCAGGAGGACAAGGGCCACCCGCUGAGCAAAUUCGCCGAGGAGCUGCUGAAGCUGCCCGAGCACAUCGACUUCUAUUUCCACGCCGGCCAGACCAACUGGUACGGGUCGCACGUGGACCAGAACCUGCUGGACGCCAUCGUGCUGGGCACCAAGAGGAUCAGUCACGGCUACACGAUCACCAAGCAUCCGCUGCUCAUGCGGCUGGCCAAGUACCUGAACAUCGCCCUGGAGGUCUGCCCGGUGUCCAACCAGGUGCUCCAACUGGGCUCCGACUACCGCAACCAUCCGGCAGCCACGCUGAUCGCCGCUAAUGUGCCCAUGGUGAUCUCCUCCGGCAAUCCAGCCUUCUGGCGGGCUGCUCCUCUGUCGCACGACUUCUACAUGGCCUUCCUGGGCAUCGCACCCAUGAACGCCGAUCUGAAGUUCCUCAAGAGAACCGCCAAAAACUCCAUUCGCUACAGCUCGCUGAGUGACGAGGCCAAGGCGGAGGCCAUGGAGAAGUGGAAGAAGGAGUGGGACGAGUGGGUUGAAAAGAUUGUCGAUCCGAAGGAAAAUGUCUCAGAAGAAGAAAAUAAGUGAUUUUUAAAACCUAUAUAACAUUAUAUUUAAUUUGUGACAAUUAAAUUGCUUUAUAAAUA